CGAAGCAUUUCAUUUCCUAUCCUUCAAAAUACGGAACAAAUAAGUAGAAUUGUUAUGAAAUGUAACUGCGCAAAAUUUUUGUUAUUUCUAAUCUCCAGUGUGUCUCCAGUUCUUCUGGGAUAAAAUGUGAUUUGACUGGCAAAGGUCUUUAAUUUCACUACAGCUUUCACUGCGUUGCAACACACUGAAAUUCAAGUAUUACGGCCCUUUAAUUUUCUUAGGCCGACUUGAGAAUAUUAUAACAUUGUAGUAAAUCAUCGCAUCCCAACUUUGCGCAUAUACGGCCAUGGAUCACAUGCCGGAUUCGUCUUAUAAUUCUCGUACAAGACGAAGUAGCCACUCAUCUGCGAGCACUAUAUCAGAACGCUCGCAUAGAUCUUCAUCGAGGUUUUCGGAACAUCCAGAGUCUGAUACAGAUCAAACAGUUAGCAGAAAAUCAAGUUUCUCAACGAAAUCAAACGAAACUGCCCUCGAAGUGUCUGUUCCCCAACAGGCAGCUGCAGCAUCAAAGGGUCACAACGAACAACGUAGCCUUCCAAAAGAAAGGAAGAAAGCAAAGAACCAAAAGGACACUUGGUGUGUAACCGUUUGGAUCACAAUCAUUUUGAUAAUUCUUUUCUCUGUCGGCGCUUUCGUCGGUGGUUACAUGCUAAAACAGUCCCAGGAUUCCUCUCUGGCUCCGUCACCAAACAUUUCCUGGAAAACACUUCCGUGCAUUUUCUCCACGAUAAACGAGUGUCAGGGGAAUAAUCGUGGGCACGUCUUGUUAAUCUCCCUUGGAGCAUUUCCGCCUUCGCUCCUUACGGAUCAACUCACUCCGACUUUGAUGAAAAUAAAAUCAUGCGGUACCUACAGUGCGUCGCUACGACCGGUAUUCCCGACGAUAUCAAUAACUAAUCAGUACAGCAUAGCCACUGGACUGUAUGCUGAAUCCCAUGGAGUUGUCGACGAUUACUUUCGCGAUAACGAGAUCAUUGUGGACGCUGCGAACAAUAUGCAGAAUCCAAGCUGGUGGAAGGGAGAACCGAUAUGGGUCACAGCCAAAAAGCGUGGAUUUAAAGUCAAAGUUGCAGGAUGGAAAGGAGGCGAUAUGGCAAAAGACGGCAUUCUUCCGGAUGACUACAUUAAAGGAAGACAAUCAGUAUCGCUUGAAGAACGUCUCAGGAAAAUACUGGAGUGGAUAUCGGAAUCUAGCCCGAAUUUGGUCGUAAUCCAUUUUGAUGACCUUUCCGAGACGCUACGAAGCAACGCUCUCAGCAGUCCGGCGGUGGAGCGAGUGCUGAAAGAUAUUGAUGGGGCUUUGGAUCGCCUAUUCCAACAACUUCAUGAACGAAAAACCUUAAGUUGCACUGACAUUGUGAUUGUUUCCGAUCAUGGAAUGAUGGAACCAAGGAAUUGUGCAUCGGGCAAUAUUAUGUCAGUCCUCAACAGGAAGAUUCUGAAUGAGACUGUGUGGGAACAGGAUAUCGUCUAUUUUGGGGAAACUUAUGGUCGCCUCUCAAUGCUCAAUCGAAGCCGGUUGUCUUUACAAAGAGUCAUCGAAGCUUUGUCGUGUAAUCAUUCCAGCAUGAGUGACGAAAGAAUGCCAUAUUAUCUGAUGCAAAGGACAGAAAUGUUUCCGGUGCGAUUGCACUACGCAAAUUCUCCUCGAAUAGAAAAUCUGCUUUUUCUGAUUACACCGGACAGGAUACUAACGAAGACUUCACAAAGUGGGAUUUGCCAAAGCAAAAAAAACUUAUACGGCUAUGAUAACAUGUUUAGCCAAAUGCAUGGAUUAUUUUUUGCCUAUGGACCGUCGUUUCAUUCCGGGAUGACUCUGAAAGGGUUCAGUGUGACUGAAAUUUAUAAUUUGUUGUGCACCAUCUUGAAAGCUGUCCCGGCUCCUAAUAAUGGAACAGACCGACUUGCUCUGGCGUUGCUAAAAUAUCCCGUGUCACCAGGCGAUUCAACAGGACAACCCGACCGAUGGAGUUACCACAGAGCUGAUUUCCCGAUGACUCGAGAAGUUUUGCUACAGCGACAAGACCGAACAUGCAGUACAAACUGCUAUUUUGCUGCGGAAGUGGAUGUUCUUGCAGCCGAUUUGCAACUGAACAUUUCGUCGUCUGCAGGAUCAUUGAUUAUGGCAGCUGCUGGUUUUUAUGGCUUACCUAUCCCAAAUAAUAUUAACGUCCGCAACAGCUUCCGUUUGCUCAUCAAUCGGGAAUUCGUAAUCGGGUUUAAUGUUGCACUAAAACUGCCGUUAUGGACUUCCUGUUUUCUUCAAACCGACAAAAUGACACCAGACUCUACGGUGGACUGUACUCGCAACGAUGUGCGUCUGGAACGCGGUGAAUUCAUAUUAUGCCGGGAUUUCGAUAAUUUCGCUCAAUUCCAAUCAUCCAGACUCAUGCCCGCAUAUCUGGUGCCUCCCGCUCUAAACGAUGACAUCGCAGUUGGUGCGGAUGGACGAAUGAUUUCCAAUAUCGUCCCUAUGUAUCAAAAUUUCCGAACAUCUAUCUGGCAACCUUUCUGGGAAAUGGCUAGAGGGUGGAUCGCACGAAACGGACCUAUUCACGUUUAUUCCGGGCCUGUUUUUGAUCAUAAAAUUCCACUGGGAACUGCAGAUGAACAGGAACAGAUACUGUUUUCUCAAGAACUGCCCAAUGUCCAUUUGCCAUCACACUACUUCGUUAUUGUCACUCGCAAAGUCUGGGAUAACAGCAGCGUUGUAUUAGAUGCAACCGAAGACGAAUGCAUGGCAUUCGUGUUUCCGCAUCUCCCAGAUACUAGCCAGCAUCCCUGUCAGGACAAAGAAAGCUAUUUUUUGACGUACUCAGCCUCCGUCAAAGACGUCGAGCAGCUAACUGGACUGACAUUUUUCUCUGCUUUGUCACACCGAAAAGCUGUACAUCUGCGUACAGCUCAGCCUUCGAAAUUAUUUCACAAAUGAUAAAUAAAGUUAAUAGUUUCUGCAAUGUGUCACACUGCGCAGUUUGUGUACAAGAGCAGAUCAGUAGACUUGUUGCACAUUUGUACAGUGCAUUUGUAAUAACUAUAUCUUUUGAAUAACCAUUCUUCUGGUGGGUCAGAAAUUCGGAAUAAUGGUUGAGGAUGUGUACCAUGUACAGUAGCAACCAGAAGUGUGCUCA